GCAGCGUACUGUGGGAAAUGUUCGGCGGCGGGAAGGACGUCCGCGAGCAAGCGUGCGCCUACGUUCACGAGAGACUCUUCAGGGCCCAAAGCCUCCAGGCGGCCACCGCUGUGCUGGACAAGAUCAUGGGCGACACUGAGGAGAAAAUCGCGCAGGUCUUGGACAACGUGCAGCUUAUGCUGAGCCAGCGAGUGUCUUACUGGCUUUCCAGGCACGAAGAAGACGAGCUCCUUCGCUACCAGGUGAAGCGAAGACCGGGAUACCGGGCCGAGCUGCAGGCAGUGGAUGCAGAACUGGCGGGAGUGUCCGAGCCGUCGGCUUCUGACCUGGGGACGUCCGUCUUCUCCUGGAAGGUGACGUAUGACCGUGCCAGGAACAUGCUGACCGUGCCCCAUGGCCUCAUGGCGGUCACGGUGAAGAGUGACGAUGAGGAGCCUGUGCUGGCUGGCCCCGUUUCGGCGCCCCUUAUGCGCCUGCUGCUACCACGACCGGAAGGACCGUACUCGUGGAAGGAGGGUCACGACCAGCACCUUGCCUACGUCAGGGAGUGCUUCCGGUCGGCGCACAACACCAGCCUGGACGUGGACGGCGACUCGGCGCUACUCGAAGAGCUCGUCUACGAGUCCGCUCUGCUGGGGCCGCUGUUCGACGUCUACCGCAAGGCCAUCUUUGAGACGUUCGACGCGGACGUGUACCUGCACCGGCAGUACGACAACUGGCAGCUCUUUUAUGUCAUCUGGACCAUGACGCACUGCGGCGAGCCACAGCGAGCAGACUUGGUGAAUGCGGUGCUCAGGAACUCCGUGCGCUUCACGCGGAGUUUCAACUGCGGCCUCAAGGACGCCAUGUAUCAGAGAAGGAAGUGUAACUUCUGGGUUUACUGGUGACCAAUAAGAUACGGGCACCGCCUGGUAUGUGUGA